AUGGCUCUGUAUGAGGCACUAUACGGAAUAAAGUGCCGAUCUCCAAUCCAUUGGCAUGAGACCGGUGAGAGGAAAUUCUUGGGAUCAGAAGAGGUAGACCAAGCUAUGAAGGACAUUAGGUUGAUUCGUCAGAGGUUACAGACCUCUAUAGAUCGUCAACGUAAGUAUGCCGAUCAUCGACAGAGACCUUUAGAAUUUGAAGUUGGGGAAAAGGUACUGCUAAAGAUAGCUCCAUUGAGAGGAGCUAUGAGGUUCGCAAAAAAGGACAAGUCGAGCCCUAGGUACAUAGGACCGUUCGAGGUUCUAGAACACAUUUGGAAGGCAGCUUAUCGACUAGCCCUUCCGCCUGCGUUCUCUAGAGUUCAUGAUGUAUUCCAUGUGUCAACCUUAAGGAAGUAUGUGAAUGACCCUACUCAUGUGCUAAGUUACAAUGAACUUAGCAUAGAUCCUCAGCUAAGCUAUGAGGAAAAACCGGUCGCGAUUCUGGAUCGGAAAGACAAGCUAUUAAGAAACAAAACAAUGCCUUUGGUAAAGGUGCAGUGGUCUAACCACAAAAUUUAA